AUGUCUACACCUCCAUCUCUGCUGAAAGGGCUUACCGAUGCGCAUAGAAAGCUGAGCGACUACUUCCACACAUUUGACGAGUCGCCAUUUUACCUUUGGUCUUCACUUCUGGAUCCUCGUAUAUCGUAUGACGCGUUAAGGGAUGAUUUUCAAGAUGAUCCUCAGUUAUCUGCUGAGCUAGAGUCUGCUAAAUCAAAUCUACGCAGAUAUUUUGAUGAGAACUAUCCACCACUCUUGUCGAAUGGUGGCAAGGGCGAAAAGCUCAAUUUCCGCGACUUCAUUGCCUGGCUUGUGAUCUACUAUCCAUACCUGGAUCAGCAGUUGCAGUCAAGAGGAUUUUUUCCAGUGGCCGUGACACUAUCUCGCUUCGGCGCGCUAGUCUUAAACCAGAGACGAUUCGAUGCCUAA